UUUUUUUUUUGAGAGAGAAAAGGAAAAGAAAAAAAAAGAAAGGAGAGGAAGUUUUUCGGAAAAAACCACGUUGUGAGAGUUGGAGGUGGACAGCGGUCAGGAGCGGUUGCCAUUGGGCAGACCCAGAUUUUAUUUUUUAAAAGGUUGUCGCGCUUUGUUGUACUCCAGCACAUGUGUGCCUCGCCAGAAGUUGUGCCGUGCGGAUACCUGUGCCGACCCAAAUUCCGCUGUUUUUGAAAUGAAGUCGUGCCCGACAAGAGCUAUCCGCUUAGAGAAGAGUGCUGUGCCGUCAAUUGUGUCUUGUGCCGCAUUGGACAUCCUUAUAUCCACUGACAGCGAUAACAACAGACGCACCAAGGCCAGUGGAAUCAUAUCUCCCGCAACAGAGGGCAUCAGUUGGCAUCGUCGUGGGAAAACUCUGGAGUCGUCCAUUGGGAUCCAUUCGUCCAAGAGAAUCGCAGCCCGUUGUGACAUCGUACAACUCAUGGAAACUCCUCACGGGUUCGCUUCCAUCCCUGGCCCGCAGUUCACACAAUCGAUAACUUGUCGCUAACUGCAAACAGCUGCAGCUCAACUACCAUCACUAUCGACAAAAA